AAUUCAAUUGGUCAAAAUAAAAAUAGAAACUUUCAGAAAAGAAGCCCGCUUUCUCUCCUAUUCUUCCUCAACCUUUAUGUUGAUUCAAGGACCAAAUUUUUGAUGAGUUUUUUAGUCUCAAAUGACUGAGAUAAUCAAAACCAACACGGGGUGAGUUACCCGGAUUGUAACUAUCUGUUCCAAAUACGAAAACUUGGUACUUUUUCAAUGGCAUGCAAUGUGAUGAAUUCAUGGACAUUCACUGGUAUUGUGGGUGCUUUCCUUGAUCUAUUCAUAGCUUAUUUAUAUCUUUGUGGAUCAACUCUGGCUUAUUUGGCUUCAAGAUUUCUGGGUUUAUUUGGACUGUCUUUGCCUUGUCCUUGUAAUGGAUUGUUUGGGUACUUGGAAAAGAAAAAUCGUUUCCAAGCCACGUUAGUUCAUGAUCCAUGCCUUAGAAUCUCACCUGUUCAAUAUUCUAUUAUGAAAAGACUCCCUUUUGAUGCUAUUUGGAACAACUUUUAUGAUGAUGGAGAAGAUGACGAUGAUGAUGAGCUACGCAAUAGCCAAUUGAAUUCGGAUUAUUGGCAGGAUGGGAAAGUAGAAAUGGAAAGGGAAGCUUCUUCUAGUUCAUGGAAUGGGAAGAAGAAUACUUUUGUUGGUGUGAAAAAUGGAAACUUUGGGCAAAUUCAUAAAUGGAAAGGGAGGCCUAAAGUUGGUAUUAGGCGACGCAAGAGAAUUGAUAGUUUUCUUGGUGGAAAAGUUUCAUCUUCUCCAAAUGAUCCAUUGGUUUCCAUUACGACACCAACUGGUUUCAAUUCUUCUGCUACUUUUGUUAAACUUGGCAAUGAUGUUACCGAAGAGAGUACGACUCCGGUUCAUUCCGAAGAUGGCAAGGAAACUGCAAAAGAUAUUGGAGGGCCUAAGCAAAGUUUUCAGGGUUCACAAAUGGAUUAUGACUCUUUUGCUGAGAAUAAAUCGGUGGAUGAAAAGGAAAUAGCAAUGGCUAUCAAGCGCUCGGCAUCGGCUCAAGAUUUUGAUGGCGGCAGAGUCUUGGGACAAGCUCUCGAUGAAGAGCACGCUACUUGUGCUGCUCUUUACAUUGAGCUCGAGAAAGAGAGAAACGCUGCUGCCACUGCUGCUGAUGAGGCUAUGGCGAUGAUACUACGUUUGCAAGAAGAGAAGGCAGCCAUUGAGAUGGAAGCUAAGCAGUACCGGAGGAUGAUCGAGGCGAAAUUCACAUAUGAUGCUGAAGAAAUGAACAUUCUCAAAGAGAUCUUAUUAAGGAGAGAAAAGGAAAAGUAUUUCUUGGAGAAGGAAACUGAAUCUUACAAGCAAAUGUUAUACGGGAAAGAGCAACUGGAUGCUGAUAUGUAUGAUACUGCAGCCACGCAGGAACCAGGGAUGUCAAGUGAGUGGGAGCUACUGCGAGUUCAGCAGGUCAAUGACUUGUUCAGAGAGAAGGACAAGACGAAAGUUAACAUCGAUUUUGUGGAAGGGAUAGCGGUCACCGAACUCAAUGAAGCUGCUACCUUUUUGAGUUCCAGUAUUGAAAAUAGUGAUGCACAUAUGUUUAGAAGUGACGAUGAGAUUAAUGCCAUUGUAGAAGAUAAGGAGCAAUGCAACGAAACCAAUCCACACCAACAUUUGGCACUGAAGACAACCGAGGCUAAGAUGAUUUUCCCAUACAACAACGAAAAAGUGGAGAAUCUCGGAAAAGGUUUACAUAGAUCAGAUUCUGGUUCUGAUUUCCGUGUACUCGAUGUUCAUGUCAUUAACAACGCAUCAAAUGUGAAGAACAAAGAGGGUGAAAAAAGAAUCGAGAAGAAGUUGAUCGGUGUUUCCUCAAACUCACCUAAAACAUGUGAUAAUCAAACCAUCGGUGGGAUAGAAAUUGAGCCUGGCAGGAAAGGAAACAGUUCGGAGAGAUUGGAAGGAUUACCACCAAUUCAUCCUUCACGACCGAAAUAUUUGCAUAGAAAAUCGAAGUCGGCUUUUGAUUAUGAAAGGUUAAAGAUUGACAAUGAAGUUGGGUGGCUCAGAGAAAGGCUAAAGAUUGUACAACUGGGAAGAGAGAAGCUCAACUUCCCUGCGGGCAACAAGGGAAGGGAACAAGUUGAGUUGCAAAUAAUGGAAGAUAUUGCAACUCAGCUUCGAGAUAGACGACAAUUAACCGAAUCGGGGAAGGCUCUACCACAGGCACCAUUGCUCCCUCCAUCUUCUAAGGUAAUGUCAAAGAAAAGACAUAAGCAAAGUGCUUCUUUAGGAGGAUUAGGAAGCAUUUAAAAGGGUGAUUGGUACCUCGGUUUGAAGGUUUCGAUUUAAACGUUCAUACAACUGCACUAGUAAGUUUUCUGCAAAAAAAUGUACUUGUUAAGCAAAAAUUUUAUGACUUACUAGCUCUGCAGGUUCCUGACUGAAAUGAGCUUAUGUUGAUCGUAUUAUAUAAUUACUGGUUGACAUAUAAAUUUUAUAGAAUAAUAAUAAU